AUGGUACUUCCUGCUGGAAUUGGCUUUUCAUUAGACUUGACAUUAAAUGACCUGCGUUGUAAACCGAACACAUACAAUUAUAGUGCGCAAUCAAAUAUUUUCAAUGUGAGUAAUUUACGAGUAAGCAAUGCAGGUGAUAUGGGUCGUCUGUUCAACAUCAAAAUGAGCCUUUCAGCUUCAGCUAUUUUUCGCGACAAUCUCAAUACCUUUAUAGCCAACCUAAUCGAAAGCGUUCCCAAGGACACUGGGUCUACCGUAUUUGCGGGUGUGGUGGAUAGCGCAUCUGACAAGGGUGGUGGAGAUGAUAAACGUUUUUUCGUAUCGAUGCCCGCUAAAGUGUCGAUUGUUUCGUACCCCUCAUUUCUGAUUGUGGUGGUCUACAUUAUUGGCAGUGCGCUUGCCACUGUGUACUUGGUAAUAUUAAAUGUCAUGCGGCAUCGGGUGAGACCUGUAGUUCACCAGGGAACCUUGAAGCCCGUCUCUGUUGUGCGUAUCAUUCUCGAGGAUAUGCUACUGUCCAUCAGCUGCUUUGCAUGUGCCGGUGCAUUCAUAUGGUUUAAUCUCACUACGCCUGUACAUGCUUCUCUGGGCGGUGAGUUGCAUAUUUACGGCUUCACGUUAAUGGACACUGUAUGUCAUUUCUGGGAUAUCGGGAUGCAACCACUUUCGGUCUUUUUAUUUCUAUUCAGUUACAUCUGGCCCUAUGUUAAACUAACCUGUAUGCUGUUGUUUGCACUUGUGUUGCAGCGACCUCAUGCGCGAAUUCUCCGUAUAAUUGACUACGUUGGUAAAUUUUCCUUUCUGGAUACGUUUGUGAUACAUGUUAUGCUUCCUGGGAUUUUCAUUCCAGAGCUCGGGGGUGUUGUAAUACUCCCAUCCUUUUAUUUAUAUAUUGGUGCUACAAUCACAAGUGUACUGUUGGGUAACUACACAGUGCGACUUUGGCGGCGCGGCACCACCCUAAUGAAAUGCGGCGAGGGAGGUUUGGGUCCUCAGUGUGGUGAUGAUGAAGUCUCUGAAGGUUCACGAUGGAACGUUUGUAAUCCUCUAUAUCUUGAAGACGAAGUGCAGCUAUCUUCAGAGUCUUCCAUAAUAUCAUCUGACAAUUCUAAUUUCGCUACAAAAGUACGCCCUGAAAUCAGUAAGUCCCCUAUGAAGGAGCGAUGGUAUGUCAAUGUCAUUAUCUUUUGUGUUAUGCUUAGUUGCUUGCUCCCAGCGUGGUUUUUGCCAUGUUUGCGUUGCCGUAUGGGUGGUAUUGCGCCCCUAAUCACGUCCGAGUACAAGGAGUAUAGUCUUUAUCAGCUUUGCAACACACUCAAUCCAGUCUUUUUUGUCGUUUUUUUCUUUACUCUUUUCAUUGCUCCCUGUGGGUACGCGUUGUCAAGGAAAUGGUUCUCUUUCCUGGCGUCGUGGUCUGCUGUCGAUGUGUUUUUGCUUUCCUGCAUCGCCGGUCUGAUACGACUCAACGAGUGUGUGCAAUAUAUGCUAAAACCAAGGAUGGAGGGUAUGUACACGUCACACGCCACUCCUCUUUGGCCCCUUGUUCUGUUUCUGGUAGCGUCAGUACUACAAUGGAUGCUUGUGGCAGUAGAGCUUCAGCACGUUAACAUUCGGAAGAGCUGGAUAAAGGUACGUAGAUUAACCAAGCCAUUGUAG